UCUUCUCAGCUCGCCGCUGCUCCUCUAGUAAUUGAUGUUAUGGAGAAGAAAGCGAGCGAGGGAUUCACAGUUUAGCCGUUACAUUCUCCCUACCAACAUCCCAAAGCUUGAAGACGGAAAUCCCUUUCGGCAGCCAAAAAAAAAAGGCAGAUUAUUCUGGUUGACAUACAGAUUAUUUUUAAUUGUCCAGUGGGAGAAAAGAAACGAGCGAACAUAUCAUGAAGAGAAUAACGGGGAAGACAAAAGAAGCCACUUUGAUAGAAAUGACCAACACGCUGGAUUCUCAGAUUGAAGAUGGCUGUGCCGUUCUGACGGGCUACCGGAGGACCUUUCAGACAGGUAAUAAUGGUAGCAUUAACUCCAUCUCUGACCGAGGGACACAGCUGCCUGGUCACCGGGAGAUUGACAAGCUUGGACAGAACAGGGACUCUGUGUACUUCAGGGAUGGUGUACGGCGCAUCGAUUUUGUACUGUCCUACAUUGACGACAAGGAUGGAGACAAGAAAGCUGAGAGAAGAAGAGAGUUUGAAGCUAACCUGGAGAAGGCUGGUCUUGAGCUGGAGACUGAAGAUAAAUCGGAGUCAGAUGACCGUAAGACGUAUUAUCUGAAGAUUCACGCUCCGUGGGAAGUGUUGGCCACUUAUGCUGAUGUGCUAAAGAUCAAAGUGCCCUUUAAAGCGAGUGAUAUUCCCAAAGCUCGAGAAGUUCCCCUGGAGUGGCUCACUCACCCUUUCCGGCUGCCAGACAACAUCAUGAGGCCAGAGCCGGACUACUUCACUGCACCUUUUGACAAGAGCAAGGUCGACUUCUUCCUUAUUGAUGACAAGGACACAUUUUUUCCUCCCUCCACUCGCAACAGGAUAGUGUAUUACAUCCUGACCCGCUGCCCUUACUACAAGGAAGACCGUAUAGAGAAAGAUAAGACAGGAAUUAAACGACUGCUGAACAAUGGCACCUACACCUCAGCAUAUCCCCUUCAUGAUUGCAAGUACUGGAAGAAGGCACAAGACAUGCAGUGUGAGAGUGAGAGGUAUCAUCUGUACAAAAACUGGGCUCGAUUCCUCUGCUUCUACAAAGAGCAACCGCUCAACCUGAUCAAGAAGUACUAUGGUGAGAAGAUUGGUAUCUACUUUGCCUGGCUGGGCUUUUACACAGAAAUGCUGUUUUUUGCUGCAGUCAUGGGAGUGAUCUGUUUUGUUUAUGGUGUGCUUAGUUACGAAGACAACAUCACAAGCAAGGAGAUCUGUGACCCAGAAAUCGGUGGGAUGAUUGUCAUGUGUCCACUCUGUGAUAAAAAGUGCAGCUACUGGAAACUCAACUCAACGUGUCUGUCCUCCUGGCAAUCUCAUCUAUUUGAUAACGAGGGGACGGUGUUCUUUGCCAUCUUCAUGGGUAUUUGGGUGACCUUGUUCCUGGAGUUCUGGAAGCGGCGGCAGGCCCGUCUGGAGUAUGAGUGGGACCUUGUGGACUUUGAGGAGGAACAGCAGCAGCUACAGAUCAGGCCAGAGUAUGAGUUGAAAUGCACAGGCCGCAGACUCAACCGCAUCACGCAGGAAAUGGAGCCUUAUCUUCCUUUUCCCAGCAAGUGUGCCCGAUUCUGUCUGUCUGGAGCAACGGUUCUCUUUUGGACGUGUCUGAUAGUGGCCUGUAUAAUGGGAGUAAUCGCUUAUAGAUUAGCGGUUUAUGCAGCGUUUGCCAGUGUCAUGAAGGACAGCCCCACCAGUAAGAUCCAGCUGGUGGGAUCUCUCAUCACCCCUCAACUUGCCACCUCUGUCACUGCUUCCUGCAUCAACUUUGUCAUUAUCCUCAUCCUCAACUUCCUCUAUGAGCAAGUGGCCAUUUGGAUUACUGAUAUGGAAAUCCCCAAGACCCAUCUGGAGUAUGAGAACAAGCUGACCAUGAAGAUGUUUAUGUUCCAGUUUGUGAACUACUACUCCUCCUGUUUCUAUGUUGCCUUCUUUAAAGGGAAGUUUGUGGGUUAUCCGGGAAACUACACUUAUAUGUUUGGAAAGUGGAGCAAGCUGAGAAAUGAAGAGUGUGCCCCUGGGGGCUGUCUGAUUGAGCUGACCACACAGCUGCUUAUCGUCAUGGCUGGAAAACAAAUGGUUGGGAACGUCCAAGAGGCUCUGCUGCCACUUCUCAGAAACUGGUGGGGCAGCAGGAAAGGGCGAAGUCAUCCAGAAAGUACAUACAGUAGAUGGGAGCAGGACCACGAUCUACAGAACUUCAGCCAGUUUGGACUCUUCUAUGAGUAUCUGGAGAUGGUGAUCCAGUUUGGCUUCAUUACACUAUUCGUAGCCUCUUUUCCACUGGCUCCUCUUCUCGCCCUCUUCAACAACAUCCUGGAGGUGCGAGUGGAUGCUUGGAAGUUUACUACACAGUUCAGAAGGCCAGUGGCAGCGAAGGCUCGCAACAUUGGAGCAUGGGAAGAGAUCCUUAAUGUGGUGGCCAUCUUGUCCGUGGUCACAAAUGCUUUCAUCAUGGCAUUCACCUCAGAUAUGAUUCCUCGCCUGGUCUAUCUGUACACCUACCACCCAGGCAGAGAGGCCACCAUGAGGGGUUACAUCACCAACAGCCUCUCCUUUUACAACAUCUCUCAGAUCCCUGAAGAUAACCUACCUGAAGCUGGAGAAAACCCAUCAUGGUUUAACAGCUCUACCAUCACAACAUGCAGGUAUCGGGACUACAGAUACCCACCUGGGCAUGAGAACCAGUACACGCACACCAUGCAGUUCUGGCACAUCUUGGCUGCUAAACUAGCCUUCAUCAUCAUCAUGGAACAUGUUGUAUUUGUGGUGAAAUUCUUCGUGGCAUGGCUGAUUCCAGAUGUGCCAGCAGAAGUAAAGGCCCGUAUAAAGCGUGAACGCUUUCUGGUUCAGGAAUACCUGCACAACUACGAAGUGGAGAAACUCAAGAUGCAGCUGAGCCAGAGUUUCUGUCUGUCCACAGAAACAGCCUCACUGCUGCCCUCUAGUCCAAGUAAACACCAGGUGCUCACUGAAUGUAUUUGAAUAUACCUGAACCCUCAGGACUACUCACAUAUACUAUAUCCUGCAAAGCAUGGAGGAAUUGAAUCUUCAGGAAACCUUCAUACUAGGGUUGUAUGAUUAAUCGAAUGUUAUUGUCAUGCAUAUCUUAAAGCGGGUCAGUAAAGCGGGUUAUGGGAUUAGUAGUAAAUAUCCAUCAUAUACUUUCAGAUGGAGCAGCAUUUACUACACAUAGCUGUAGUUCACUGACAAGCUACAAAAAAUCAUGCUAAUAAUCACAG